UCCUCGUCGGGGCCGCGGGUUCGAGACCCGUGUCGCGCGGUUGCUUGCGGGCCAUGGCUUUGCUCCGAGGCGUGUGGAGCGUCCUCAGGGACCUGUGCUCGGGCUGUGGAAGUCGUUUGCGCGGGCCCCGCAGUUUUGUCUAUGUCCCGAGAUGGUUUUCCUCCUCGACUGGUUAUCCCAAGAAGCCCAUGACUUCUUAUCUUCGUUUUUCCCAAGAACGGCUACCGUCAUUGAAAGCUCAGAACCCAGAUGUAAAAUAUAGAGAACUAUUUAAAAUAAUGAGCCAAGUAUGGAAGGAACUUCCUGAAUCCGAGAAAAAAGUAUAUGAAGAUGCUUAUAGGGUCGAAUGGGAUGCAUACAAAAAAGAAUUGGACAGAAUUAAAAAACAGCUAACUCCAGAUCAGCUUGCCUCCUUGGAAGAAAAAAGGAUGCAAAAACUUUUGAAAAAGAAAAACGUGACAAAGAGAGAGUUAACAGCGCUUGGGAAGCCAAAGAGACCUCGCACAGCUUACAACAUUUUUGUAGCUGAAAGAUUUCAAGAGAUUCAGGAUGAGUCAGCACAGAAAAAGAUGAAAGCUGUAAAUGAAAACUGGAAAAUUCUUUCUAGCGCUGAAAAACAAGAGUAUAUCCAACGUGCUGAAGAUGAUAAAAUCCGUUAUGAUAACGAAAUGAAAGUUUGGGAGGAACAAAUGACCGAAGCUGGACGACAGGAUCUUAUCCGUUUUAAAAGAAAGUCCUCAGCCAAACAGGACGGUGGAAGUCGUUAAAUUUAAGGAUUGAGUCAGGUUUAUAAUGAAUACACUCAAGAAACUAACUAGUUCUCAAAGUCUGAAGCUGUUGUCAAAUUAGAAAGGAUAAAGUUGGCAAGCAAUUAUAUUUAAAAUUUUUGCCCCCAGCCUAUGACCCUCUGAGAGUUGAAUACAUUUUGUAUUAGUUUCUUGCUUUGGAAAUCUCAACAGGUAAACAUUUCACAUGAAAUUUGUGGUCAGAAACUACUGAAGGACAGAAUAAUUCCUGGAAUGUUCAGUGAAAUCAUUUUACCUUUGAUAAAGGUAAAUAAAACUGUGAACUUUUUUUUAUACUUGCUAACUAUGGAAAAAUAUUCUUGUUUCCUUAUAUUAUGGAGACGGGAGUUUCCUAUCAGAUAUUUCAAAGUAUAGAAAUCAUAGUGUUCUGUGGAACAAUUGUGCAUUUUUUUGGAGACUCCUUAAAACUCAUCUAGGUCAAUUUUAAUUCAUAGGUCUACUUCAUAUUGUGUUCAAGGUUGAUCCUUGUACCUGCAAGGAAUUAGAUUUGUGGUUUCAGAUGCAGUAUUUUAUAAAAGGGAUGGAGAGAUUUAAAAACCUUUUCCUCUUCUUUUUUUCUGAAAGUAGAAGUCAAGAAAUUAUGUACUAAAUCUAUGCAUACCGUUAUAUUGCAUAGAAUAAAAUUUUCAAAUGUUUCCAGAUUAUGUUUUAAGGUGAAAGUCUAUAUAACUUUUCUUUUUUCUUUUUCCCCUUCCUUUCUUAAGUGGGAAUUUAUAUUUGAAAUACUUUCUUUUAUGUGGGUACUUCUCCAGAAAGUAGAGGGGCUUGUCUUAUCUGGUUUAAAUUUUAAAAUGAAAGAUCUGAAAAAUAGUUCUAUGGUUUAUGGAUUUAGAGCUCAUAAUUAAAGAAAAUUUUGCAUUGCAACCAA